AUGCGACCACGUACGUCGCGUUGUGAUGAUGGAGAUGGCGAUGCGGCGCGCGCGCUUCACCGACUCGCUUUUGCGUUGUGGAGGGCAGCAUUUCACUUGCAAAGAAACCCUCAACGAUCCAGAAGUAAACGUAGCAAGCAUGUUAUAACGACUCGUGCAGUCAGCGCGCCAGCUACGCCUGGACCUCUCACUUUCGCAACAGAAUACGGAGGCCCAAGAUCUAUAAGCUACUCUGGAAGUGGAGGUCCGGCUUCGCGACUCGAUUUGUGCUAUGUGGCGGAACGAAUGCUGGCUUUACACCUGCCUCACAGGGACGCACAAGCUGAGGCCCAAGCUGCGCAUAUGCUGACUAAUAAACAUGGCGAACAUUUUAUGGUAUUCGAAGUGAGCGGAGAUAUGACAAACGAUGGGCGAGCGGCUCGUAGUGUCUUCGGACGGGCUCGUUCCCUCGGCUGGCCUGGAGACUUGGCGCCACCUUUGGAACGAUUAUGCGCUGCUUGUAAACACAUAGAAAGCUGGCUUGCUGCACACCCAAAGAACGUCGCCAUUUUACUUGCAUGGGGUAACCGCGAACGUUUAGGAGUUCUCGUAGCGGCUUACAUGCACUAUUCAGCCAUAUGUGGUGCGCCGGAACAUGCCUUAGACCGAUAUGCUAUGAGACGGUACCUGGAUGACCGAGUCCCAGUUUUUACACUUCCUUCUAAUAAACGAUAUAUAGACACAUUCGCCGGUUUACUGGCGGGACAAAUACGAGUGAACUCAGCUCCUCUUCACCUAACGCACGUGAGCGUCGCAGGAUCGCUUGCAGCGACAUCUACACCUACAAUCGCCUUUCUUAAAAUCUACGAGAAUUACACAUGUGUUUAUACUUCAGGUCUGUACAUGGUGAACGGUGGUGGCUGGACCGUAGGCGUGGGUCGCUUAUCCCUCCGGGGAGAUGUGCUCGUACGAGCAUAUCGUCGCACUACGCACGCGCACGCUGCGCGCCAUCUAGUGUUCGCGUGUCAGUUCCACACGUGCGCUGUCGUCGACCACACGCUCUCCUUCACUAAGCUGCAACUUGACCACGCUCUGCAUGAUCCAUCAUUUCCAAGUGAUGGCGCAGUAGAGCUGGUGUUCGCUAGGGGUGAGGGGUCAGGCGGUGCUGCCCCGGCGCCAACUCCCGCGGCUCCUCUUCGCGCAGCCCCAGACGCUUUAGCUAGAGCAGAUUCUCUGGAACAUCUACGACCCAUAUCUACGCUUACUGAUGAUGAACCAGGUGACAAUAACGGCAGCGCUGAAGGAUCUGGAGGUGAGGCGGGGGAGAGUGGCGAAGCUGCUCAUACAUUCGGUCCUUUAGACGGGUCUAUCUACGCAACGGUGGUGCGCGCUAGCGGCGGCCCUUCUUCACCGCUCAGCGCCUCAAUGGACUCUGGUAUUUCGUCAGCCGGCCGGCGGGCCGCCCCCAGUCCACCCGACGAACUUGAUGCCCUUCUGGGGGACAUGCUACGUACCGUGAGCGCCCUACCAGACCCACCGCCUGCGCCCACUACGCCGCAGUCUAACUCUGAUCGUACGCCUGAUAUACCGUAUCACGCUCGGACCGAUUCUGCACCAUUCACCUACGGCGCCCCAGGUCUCCGCCCCGGGAUGUUACGCGCUUCCAACCGCCUCGCCAGUCCAGAACUGGUGCGACGAGCCCUUGGGACUGACCGUGGAUACCAACAUAUUGAAGAUGAUGAUGAUGAGCGAACAAUUACACCAGACCCAUCACCGCGUACCCCAUUAUCACCGAGGACUCUCAGGAAGUUGACAUAUGAAGACGUUACUACAACUACGACAGCUGCCCCGGCCUCACCUUUAAGGAAUGGAAGGUGGACAAAUGGUGACUCAGAAUGGAUAAACCAAUCAAAUAGCACUCGUAAGUUAACCCAAGAUGCCGAAUGGAUAGAAAACAAAUCCAAUGGUCGAAAGGUUGACAAUGACACCUGGAGAUCCACAAGCACAAUUGGUUGGCAUGAAACAACAAGGAGUCGGGAGCCGAGACGGUCAGAAAGCGGUAUAGAAGGGAACUCAGGCCUCACUUGGCUACAAAGGCAACAGCAGAAGCUAAGGGAGAGGAAGGAGGCAAGGGAAAGGGUUGCAAGAUUGCCGCUCGAAUGGGAUGCACCUUCAAGAUUGCAUGUACGCCGAUCUGCAAGCCAUCGUGUUGACGGAUACACGAGUGACACAACAGCAUUCGCCGACGACGAUGAUGACUUCAGCGUCCCUCUACAUGUCAACACGCGCACCAUUCACAGAACUGAUAGCAUCAGCCCACAAGCCCCUGACAGGACUUCAUCUAGAAAGUUUAUGUACGAGAAGAUGACAUUACGUGAGUGGAGCGGCAGUAGUACACCAACCACGCCCGGUCUGCUAUCACUCGCACCCGCUAACAAUGAUACCAUGAGCCGCGAACGUUCAGAGAGCUUGUCCCGGGCGGAAUCCCGCACAGAGUCCCGCGCGGGAACGCCGGCCUUUCCCACCCAUCCCCGAACUCCUUACCCACCCACACCGACCCCUUCACUCUCAGCGAGACCGCCACGCUCCCCACCGUCUGUAAGAAAAGACCGUGAAGGCAGCCCCGAGUCCGAAUACCGCACUUACAAUGGUAGUAAUGGAUCAAGACGAUCCAGUAUCAGUGGAUCAGAAUUGCAACACGUAGCCCCCGAUAGAGUAAGGUUCGCAAGAGACACCAGCCAAUAUUGGUACAAGCCCAAUAUUUCCCGGGAUGAUGCGGUAUCAGCCCUUCUUCAGCAAGAAGAGGGGGCGUUCAUAGUUCGCGAUUCGAACUCAUUCCCGGGCGCGUUCGGGCUCGCUGUACGUGCAAGUGGAGGCGUACGACAUUUCCUCAUAGAACCGACUGCGAGAGGUGUUCGCCUUCGGGGGUGCCCAGAUGAACCCGUAUUUAGCUCGUUAUCAGCCCUGGUGUAUCAACAUACUGUCACUCCCCUGGCCUUGCCCGCUGCUUUGAAGCUGCCUGAUAGAGACCUGUGGACUGGCGGCAGUGCUAAUGCAGCGGCGCGUGCAUUACUGGCUACAGGCGCAGCUUGCAACGUCUUACUACUCGGCUCUGAGAAUACGGAGGCUUUGACUGGACCAGCAGCUGUUAAGCGAGCUGUACAGAACAUUUUGCAGAAGAAGGUCGCGGCGCACGUUGUUCAUUUCAAAGUAUUUGGCGGUGGCAUCACACUGACUGAUUCGACCAGAAAGCUAUUCUUCAGACGACACUAUCCAUCUAACGCUGUUUCCUACGCAGGCAUUGACCCUGACGAACGGCGAUACCUCUACGUUGAUAAUGGGAAACAGGGUGAAAAGCGCAUAUUCGCGUUUGUCGCUCGUUCUACAUCAGGCUCUGACAACCAGUGUCAUGUUUUCGCUGAACUCGAACCUGAACAGCCAGCAACUGCAAUCGUUAACUUUGUUAAUAAGGCACUAUUAGGAAACACACAGAAGCGAGACAUCAUAUAA